UUGUGAUUUUUACACUUAUCUAAAAUAAUGGAUAACCUUACAUAAAAUGCGGGGGAAUUUUCAAAAAUGAAUGUCUCGUUUUUAAGGAUUGAUUUUCUUUUCUAAAUGAGCCAGACUAUCAAACCGUUGUCCGACAAUGAAGUUGGAAAGCUUAAAGAGACAUUACAGUGCUAUGCCAUAGAGAGACAUGAAGUUGAGUUGAGGGAAAUUCUACAAGAAGAGGAUGAAAAUGAGCACUAUUCAAUCACUGUUAAUGCCCUGUCAUUGUUUGAAAGGUGUAUGACAAUAUGUUACACCUUGUGUACCUCGCCAUUGCUGUUACUACCAGUGUUUGAUGCUGCCCUAGUUGAGGCUCAAACUCUCAUCUAUGAUCAGCUAGGAAAUAAGUCAGAUCAGUGUAUUAAGCCCAAUGUUCAUGCAAGGAUUACCUCCCUUCCUGUUCAACCAGAGUUUACCAGAGUUUCUGUACCUAAAACUUCAGAUGUGGGAAACUUCCUAGCUCUUACAGGUACAGUGAUAAGAACAACUAAUAUAAGAGUGUUAGAAUAUGAGAAGGACUAUAUAUGUAACAAGUGUAAAGCUGUUAUCACACAAAAAGCAGAUUUGGUUCAGUAUAGCAGUCUAGGUAAACCAGUGAAAUGUACAAAUGAUGUAUGUAACUCCACUAACUUCACAUUGGUCUCUGACAAAGGUGGUCAACCAGUCAAGUGCCGGAACUACCAGGAAAUCAAGAUACAGGAGCAAGUGCAGCGACUGGCUAUGGGUACGAUCCCCAGAUCUAUCUGGGUGGUACUAGAGGAUGAUCUUGUAGAUGUAUGUAAAGCUGGGGAUGAUAUCAUUGUCUGUGGCACUGUUUUACGAAGAUGGCGUAAUUUGUCAGCAGAGUACAAAUGUGAUAUAGAACUGUUCCUGAAAGCAAAUAGCAUCAUAGUUACAAAUGAACAGAGGAAUUCCAUUGCUGUUACACAAGAGCUGAGAGAAGAGAUAGAGAAAUUUUGGGAGGAGCACAAAUUUAAGCCUCUGACAGGCCGCAACCAUAUACUGUCAUGUCUGUGUCCACAGGUGUACGGAUUAUAUGUUGUUAAACUUGCUGUUGCCAUGGUACUGGCUGGUGGGGUACAGAGACAGGAUGAAAGUGGUACUUGUGUAAGAGGGGAGAUACACAUGUUGCUGGUAGGAGACCCAGGUACAGGAAAGUCCCAGUUUCUCAAGUAUGCCACUAAGAUAACUCCUAGAUCUGUCCUUACUACAGGGAUUGGGAGCACCAGUGCUGGGCUCACUGUUACAGCUGUGAAGGAUGGUGGAGAAUGGCAGCUUGAGGCAGGUGCUCUUGUACUAGCUGAUGGUGGGCUAUGUUGUAUAGAUGAGUUUAACAGUAUAAGAGAACAUGAUAAGGCUAGUAUACAUGAAGCCAUGGAACAACAAACAAUUAGUGUGGCUAAGGCAGGAAUGGUAUGCAAGUUAAGUACAAGAACUACAAUAUUAGCAGCUACAAACCCUAAAGGACAGUAUGACCCUAACCAGUCACUGUCAGUGAACAUUGCCUUGGCAAGUCCGCUGCUCAGUAGAUUUGAUCUGGUCUUGGUUUUGCUGGACACUCAAAAUGAGGACUGGGACACAGUUGUCUCCUCUUACAUCCUACAUGGCAAGCAUCCAGUUGAUCCAGAUGACAAACAUUCACUGAUCUGGAGCAUGGACAAGAUGCAGGCAUACAUCUCUCUGAUCAAGACAAUAAAUCCAGAGUUAACCCCAGGAGCCACAAGUGUAUUGAGGCAGUAUUAUCAUGCACAGAGAGGUUCAGAUGACAGGAAUGCUGCCAGAACUACCAUGAGACUUCUACAAAGCAUGAUCCGAUUGUCACAAGCUCAUGCACGUCUGAUGUUCAGAGAUAAAGUUCUUGUACAAGAUGCCGUUGUUGCUGUAACUCUUAUGGAAUCUUCAAUGCAAGGAGCAGCGUUACUUGGAGGUGUUAAUGCAUUACACACUGCAUUCCCUGAUGAUCCCGAAGAAGAAUACAAAGUUCAAGCUCAAAUGAUACUUGAAAGACUAAAUCUGCCAGAUUUACUUGAAGAUGAAAUGAAAGAUAUACAAGAAAUGGAUCAAAAAAGAAAAUUGUGUGUAGGUACCAAUCCAGCAAUGUCAGGAGGUUGUGAAAAACCUAAUAUAAAGGUUCAAAAUUCAUCAAAGAUCACUGUUGAUAAAGUAGUAGAACAAAGCACUGACAGUAUUGCAGACUAUGACACAUUAAAGAGUAAAGGCAGCCCAACAAUAGCAUCAACAUGCAAUGACAGUAUCAGGAAAAAUAAAAACGUUAAUGAAGCAUCAAUAGAUAAUAAUGUUAAUAAAGGAAAAGAAUCGUCUGAAACUACUACCAGCCUUCUUCCUGUCACUAGUAAUAACCAUGAUUUAUCAAAUAUAUCAUUAUCUGAUAUGUUAAACUCUAGCAGUGAUGAGACCAUCAACUCGUGCAAAGAACUACCUCGUGUAGGUCUAGGUCUCAGUUUAGGAACGUGUUCACAAAUCAGUCAACAGUCUGAGGUUUCUUCAAGUAAUUUUAAAGUCCUUCCAUCAAAUGCAUCAACUCCUCUGAGACCAAAGGCACACAAUGAACAACAACAGAAUGGUACAGAUAUAGUAAAAGACAAUGCAAAAAUAAAUGAUAAUAAAUGUUUAACCACAGCAGAAAGCAAUUUUAAAACUGUGAUAAGGCAGACAAUUGAAAACAGGUUAACGCAGGUACCAAAAGCUAUUAUUGAAAUAGACAAAGAUGACACUAAAUGUGAUGCUAUAGUUGAUAGUAAAGAUAAGCCUGUUGGAGGAUCUAAAUUGAUUUGUAUUAAAGAGAAGAAAUUAAAGAACGUUGGAGAGUGUAGGGCAGUGUCAGGGAAGGUAAAGAAAGCAUUAUCUGACAUACAGAAAAAGAGAACUACUGUUGAAAAACAGUUAAAUCAUGUUAAGCAGUCAGGAACUGGUGAGGAUGAGGUUAAUUCAUCAGAGAACACAACUACUGAUAAGAAGAAAAGAAAAAGAAAGAAAAAUGAAAUUAUUUCGGAUUCAAGUGAUGACAGUGCAGAUACUGUUUUAUUAAAGAAGAAGCAAAAGAAAAGAGAAAAGAAUCAUAAUACGAAAGAAAAUAAUAUUGUAAGUUCUGUAUCUGAUAAUUCAAUUUGUAAUGAUUCAAAAAGCAAGUCUGUGUCAAAUUCUACUUUAUCAAAAUUAAGAAAAUUUCAGUUUGAUGAAUCAAAAAGCAGUAUAUUAAAUUCAUCUGCAAGCUCAGGCUUAUCAAAAAGUUUAUUGUCCGGAUCAUUAUGGACAAAUGGGGAUGAAAGUGCUCAUGAUAAACAAAAUAAUAGUGAAGAGACUUCUUUUGAUGUGAAUAUGGAAACUAUUGAGAAACCAGGAAACAAAGGAUUUCAAGUGGAAGAGAGGAGACUUUCUUCUACAUCAGAAGGGAAUAUGAAAGACAGAAACACAAAUAUAGACAUGACAAAUAAAACAGUUAAAAACUCAGAUAACAUUAAAGAGUCAGUAAGUGUCAGUUCUAAACUUAUUCAGAGUAAAAAGGAAUCUCCAUCAUGGUUGGUGACUUUAAAUAAGAAAUUCUCUUCUCCAAAUAUCAGCACUUGUCAAAGUUCAUCCUCAGUUACUCCAACAUUCAGUGUUAAUGAUGAUAAAAGUAAUGAUUUAGAUAACAUUGAUUUUGAAGAGUCAAGUUUUUUAACCAAACUUCACACAACUAGCAUGUCUAAAAGAUAGAUUCAUUGAAAUGGAAUCAUUGCAUGUAUUCUUUAAACGUUCAAUGUUUUUUUUGUCUUGUAAAUAAAAUGUUUGCACAAGGUGGAUCUUGUAUGCACAAUUGUUUAUUCUAUUUGUUAUUGCUGAUUGUGGCUGGAAUGACAUUUUUAUUACUAUAUCAUUACUACAUGUUAAGCAUAAGCAAAUUGCUUGUUUUUUAAUGGCUACUUUAAAUGAUGUCGAUUGGCUAACUUCUUUGACACAUUAGGAAGAUAAUGACAUUUGAAUGUGAAUUACAUUUUCAAAUACAAAAAAUAAGAAUGUGUAUAGCACCAAACUAUUGACAUUUGAUUAUUUGUUAUCAAGUUAUUGACAGAUGAUUUGAGUGUAACCUACAUUGUUUUAUUUAAUUUCUUGUGCCUUUUUUUAAUUGAUGAAUUAUAAAAUAAAAACAAACUUGAAUAACUGGUUUAGUGUCUGCAAUUAUUGUUUACAAAAAUGUCACACAUGCUUUACUUUAUAAGCCUUUUUUUCUUUCAAAACUUCAUGUUCCUUAAAUUCUAUUUAGGGAAUAUUUGAGCCUUCCAACUCGCCCUAGGGUCGUAGGUGUAACACUUUGUUUAAAGUUUUAUGUGCAACUUAUUGUACAACAUCAUAUCUCAUUAACCACUUAUGACUCCACAUAACUGUUUUAGUCACUGUCCAAGGCCAAUAACUCUAGCAUGAAAUUUUUCAGAAUUAUGGCCGUUUAUGAACUUUGAAAAUUCUUUCUUAAAACUUGAAGUUACUGAAGAUUUUUGCUUGAAACGUUAUACAUGUCUUUGUGACAAUUAGUGGAGGUUAUUUACUAAGGCCCAUAGCUUGGACUUGGAUAUUGAUUGAACUAUGUUUUCUUGUGAACUUAAAAAAAUCUUGGUUAAUUUUUUUGUAUGCAACAUUAAUCUUCAAAGCAACUGGAAGUAUUCAUCUGAAACCAAUAAUAUCUUUGGGAUUCUAAUUGAAGGUCACUGUCCAAGGCCCAAAGCUCGGGCAUUGAUUUUGUCUGCUUUAUGGCCCAGAGUAAACUGAAAAUUCUUGGUUAAAUUAUAAUGCAACAUCAAUCUUUAAAACUACUGAGGGCAUUCACUUGAAACUAAUCAUAAUUAUAACAUAGAACGGGACCAUAAUUGGAGGUCACUAUCCAAGA